GUGAGACUGCGAGGAUAAGCGGCAGUGCGCUCUCGGAGUAUCGGUGUUUAACACAGUAGAGGCUUUUUGUGUUGCUUGACAUCUCCGAGUGGGAUUGAAUCUCAGAUUUUGCACCUCUGCUUUUUUUAUAUAUAUAAAAAACAUCUACAUAUAUUUUUGUCUUUUGCUGUUUUGUGCAAACAUUUGUGCAAUUACUAAUGGAGCUGCGUGAAGUUGAAUCAUGACGGGACACGAGUGUCUCCUCCUGCGUUCACCUCAACGGCACCUUCACCUUCACAGGUAGCCGGGUAUAAGCAAAGUGUGUGUGUGUGAAAGCCGGGUUUCUCGGGACGUGUACGGGAGAUCACCAUUGAUUAUUAUUUUUUUUCUUUCUGGAUCUCUACUUGUGAAAGGCAUCACAAAACAUUGAUCACCUUGCUGGGUAUGCCGGGGGACCGACGCUGAUCACCGCAAUCCUCGCAGGUCUCGCCGUCAUCCCCUGUCCAUUCCUGAAGUUAAAUUGGGAGAAAGGAACUGCGACACUCGCUAUGCAGCCUCACAUUAACCCCAGUUUUUGCGCUUUGCAGCUUUUACAUCAAACCUAUUCAUCUGUCUGAUCACUCCGACAGGGGCUUUUUUCUCCCUCUCUCUCUCUUUUCUGGAACAAAACGCCACAGAGGCAGAGAGGGAUCUCUGUACCUGAAUAAACUCGCAUACGGCAUCAAGGGAUGAGAAGACUAUGAGCUGACACACUCCAAUUUUUCUUCUUUGCUGCAACGGAUUUGGGGUAUUUUCUUGGAAGAUUACUGUCAUCGUGGUCAUCACUGCACAGAAGUGAAUAAUUAAACUACAAAGCCUGAAGAGAAAUUAACAUUGCUAUGGAUCUGAAAGACUAUUACCUGUUGGCUGCUCUGCUUGCCUGCAUAUGGCUUGAUCCUUCAAUAGCUCAAGAAUUAAUUUAUCCCAUCAGGGAGGAGUUGCAAGAAAAUGUCCUUAUUGGAAAUAUACCAAAGGACUUAAACAUUUCCCAUACAAAUGCUGCCACUGGAGCAAGUGCAAAUCUCGUGUACCGGCUGGUCUCCAAAGCUGGAGACAACCCACUGGUCCGUGUUCUGAGCAGUACUGGAGAGAUAUUCACAACAUCAAACCGAAUUGACAGAGAGAAGUUGUGCCCUGGUCCCUCAUUUGAGGACAGCGAGUGCUCCUUUGAAAUUGAAGUGGUUAUCCUGCCUAAUGAUUAUUUCAGGCUGAUUAAGAUAAAAAUAAUCGUCAAAGACACAAAUGAUAAUGCCCCCAUGUUCCCGUCCCCUGUGAUCAACAUCUCUAUCCCAGAGAACACUCUCAUUAACAGCCGCUUUGCUAUUCCUUCUGCCACUGACCCAGACACUGGCCCCAACAGUGUCCACAAAUACGAGCUGAUCAAUGGGCAAAGUGCCUUCGGUUUAGACAUUGUGGAGACGCCUGAGGGGGAGAAGUGGCCCCAGCUUAUUGUGCAGCAGAAUCUUGACCGGGAACAGAAGGAUACUUAUGUGAUGAAGAUUAAAGUGGAGGAUGGUGGCAGUCCACAGAAAUCCAGCACUGCCAUUCUUCAGGUGACUGUAACAGAUGUCAAUGAUAACAAGCCAGUGUUCAAAGAGAGUCAGAUAGAGGUGCAUAUACCCGAGAACUCCCCUAUAGGCACAUCUGUGGUGCAACUCCAGGCUACGGAUGCAGACAUUGGGGCAAAUGCAGACAUACAUUAUGUAUUUGGAACUCAAGUGUCUCCUGCGACUAAAAGACUUUUUGCAUUAAAUACAACAUCUGGCAUAAUUACAGUACAGAGACCUUUGGACCGGGAGGAAACUGCUAUUCACAAGCUUUCUGUUUUAGCCAGUGAUGGCAGCUCAAGUCCAGCCAGAGCUACAGUUACUAUAAAUGUGACUGAUGUUAAUGACAAUCCUCCUAAUAUAGACCUGAGAUACAUAAUCAGUCCCAUUAAUGGGACUGUUUUCCUCUCAGAAAAGGAUCCCAUCAAUACUAAGAUCGCUCUCAUCACAGUUUCAGACAGAGACACUGACAUAAAUGGCAAGGUCAUUUGUUUUAUAGAGAAGGAUGUACCUUUCCACCUGAAAGCUGUGUAUGACAACCAGUAUCUGCUGGAAACAUCUGCUCUGCUUGACUACGAGGGGACAAAGGAAUACAACUUUAAAAUUGUCGCUUCAGAUUCUGGAAAACCGAGUUUGAAUCAGACGGCCUUGGUGAGAGUGAGGCUGGAGGAUGAGAAUGACAACCCACCUAUUUUUACUCAGCCAGUCAUCGAGCUGCCCGUCAUGGAAAACAACAAGCGCGACCUGUUCCUCACCACCCUUACCGCUACAGAUGAGGACAGUGGGAAGAAUGCAGAGAUAGUGUAUCAGUUGGGACCGAAUGCAUCAUUUUUUGAUCUGGACCGUAAAACUGGGGUCCUGACUGCAUCUAGGGUUUUUGAUAGGGAGGAUCAGGACAGAUUCCUCUUCACCGUAACGGCAAGAGAUAACGGAACUCCCCCUUUGCAAACACAGGCAACUGUUAUUGUGACUGUGCUGGAUGAAAAUGAUAACAAUCCUAAGUUCACACAUAACCACUUUCAGUUCUUUGUGUCAGAGAAUCUGCCUAAAUACAGCACUGUGGGGGUGAUAACUGUGACAGACUCAGAUGCAGGAGAAAAUGCUGCUGUCUCUCUUUCUAUUCUGAAUGACAAUGAGAACUUUAUACUAGAUCCAUACUCUGGGGUGAUAAAAUCUAAUGUGUCUUUUGACAGGGAGCAACAGAGCUCCUAUACUUUUGAUGUUAAGGCUGUGGACAGUGGCAGGCCUCCUUGCUCCUCAGUCGCAAAGGUGACCAUCAAUGUCAUUGAUGUUAACGACAACACGCCAAUUGUCAUCUAUCCACCCUCUAACACCUCUUUCAAGCUUGUCCCUCUGUCCUCUAUCCCGGGAUCUGUGGUAGCUGAGGUGUUUGCUGUUGAUGGUGACACAGGGAUGAAUGCGGAACUGAAAUACACUAUUGUGAGCGGGAAUAACAAGGGUUUAUUCAGAAUCGACCCUGUCACUGGAAACAUUACACUGGAAGAAAAGCCUGCAAUAACUGACAUAGGCUUACACAGAUUAGUGGUCAAUAUUAGUGACCUAGGAUAUCCCAAAUCACUCCACACUCUGGUGCUUGUAUUUUUGUAUGUCAAUGACACUGUGGGCAACGCAACACUCAUUUAUGAUCUCAUCCGGCGCACCAUGGAGACCCCGAUAGACAGAAACAUUGGUGAAAGUAGCGAAACGUAUCAAAAUGGUGACUAUUUAACCAUAAUGAUAGCCUUUGUCACUGGCGCAUUGGUGGUGAUCAUUGUCAUCUUUGUGACUGUGCUGCUGCGCUGUCGCCAUGCAUCCAGAUUUAAAGCCGCACAGAGAAAAAAGCAAGGGGCUGAGUGGAUGUCACCCAACACAGAAAACAAGCAGAACAAAAAGAAAAAGCGCAAGAAAAGAAAGUCCCCAAAAAGCUCUUUGCUCAACUUUGUCACCAUCGAGGGGAACAAACCAGAUGAUCCUGCCCAUGAACCAAUUAACGGAACCAUCAGUCUGCCCACUGAGCUGGAAGAACAAGGGAUUGGACGCUUUGAUUGGAAUGCCACACCUACUACCACCUUCAAACCAAGCAGUCCCGACUUGGCUCGGCACUACAAGUCAGCCUCACCGCAGUCGGCCUUUCACCUUAAGGCCGACACACCUGUCUCAGUCAAGAAACAUCACGUGAUCCAGGAACUCCCAUUGGAUAACACAUUUGUUGGGGGCUGUGACACCCUUUCCAAGAGAUCCUCCACGAGCUCCGACCACUUCAGUGCCUCAGAGAGCAGCUCCCAAGGAGGGUUCAAAACGAAGGGGCCCAUGCACACCAGACAGCAGUCACAGCGGCGCGUCACGUUUCACCUGCCGGAUGGCUCUCAGGAGAGCUGCAGUGACAGCGGUCUGGGGGACCACGAGCCUGUAGGCAGUGGCUCUCUCCUCACACAACCUCUCCCUCUGGUGCAGGCGCAGGACGACUUCUACGAACAGGCCUCCCCAGAUAAGAGGACUGAAGCUGAUGGCAACUCCGAUCCUAAUUCUGAUGGACCCUUGGGACCACGAGGGCUUGUGGAAGCUACAGAGAUGUGCACACAGGAGUGCCUGGUCCUUGGACAUUCAGACAACUGUUGGAUGCCUCCCACAUUAGGAUCAUACCAGCAUCCUAAGUCGCCCGUGUCUAGCUUCAGCUCUCAGCGGGAGUGGGGUCAGAAGGACAAACUCCUUAAUGGACACACUCUCUCCAGAACCUGGAAAAACGAAAGUGGACGGUCAGAGCAUUUUGGCGACAGGAAGCAGUUUGGGAGUGGGGAAGGACACUUCACCAGCAGCAGCAUGGCUGAUAUUCCUUUGGUGAGUCUGAAGUCUUGCCAGUCAGCAUCCUGCCCAGACAGUCCAAAGGACCAGCAACUAUAAAACUGACUCUUCUUUGCUGCAAGAAAUCUGGACAGAGUAAACUGGUGAGGCAUCUCACCUGGGCUCACCCUGUGUUUCAUUGCGUUAUUUCAUUGGUUUAUUUCUUGUCUCCUUUCUUCAACUUCAGUUAAUGCUUCUGCAGUCUCAACGCCACAUGUACUGUGUAGGCCUGAAAAUAGCGCUGAUGCUUAAUUCUCCACAGUAAAAUGUCUCUGCAUUUACCCUUUUUUUUUUAAUAAUACAAUUCUCAAUGAAAACCUUUUUCUUUCCACUUCUUUUGGGACAUGUGGAAGAAGGACCUGCAUAAAACUGAAAAAGAGGGAAAAAAAUGACUAUCAGACAAAUAUAUACAAAUCUUUGUGGUGUGAUUGUUAUUGAGCUGUUUGGGACUAUAUUAAUCAACACAAUCAAAGAAAAUUUUGAUUAUAUUUCAAAAAAGUGUUGGUCCUAUAACACUUGUUUGUGGACACUUGUUUAUUCUGUCACUGUCUCUGUGUUUGUAAAUAAUACUUAUUAACCACAAUCAUGUAUAGUAAUAUUCACAGUGGGUAGGACAGUUCUCUGCUUUUGUCAUCAUAAUGGAUUCUCAUCAAAAUUGGGGAAAUUCAGCCGGGCAGAGAUCUCCAGCAGAAAGUGACAUAUCCAACAAGAAAAUAUUUGUUUUUUUUUUUUUUUUUUUUUUCUGGAUUUUUACUGAAAGAAAAUCUUGUCACAUAAUUUACUGUUUCCUAUAUCCCAUAUAAAUUUUAUUCAAGUGCUGCAAAAUCUCAAAGGCAAAUCAGUUUUUUUUUUUCUUGUUAGAAAAACAAAACAAAAAAAAAGCUUUAUUAAGGAUGUCAGUGCUCAACAUGUGCAUUAUAAAACUGAAAGUCUCUAAAGCGCUCUGAUUUUAAAAGUGUUUAGUACAAUUGAAUAGCAAUAUAUUUGUAAAUGGCUAAAUGUUUUAUCUAAGGUUGAUCUUACUGUAUAGAUUUUCUUCAAUUUGUGAUUUAACUGAGGGCAAUUUCUCAGUAGUACCUGCAACUUAUUGACCUAUGUAUGUAAAUAUACAUAUAUAUAUAUAAAUAUAUAUACUGUAUAUAUAUGUACUAUUUCCACAGACUAUUAUUUUCCAUACAUAAGACAACACAGGUAAAGAUAACACUUAAAUCACCGUGCCUUCAUGAAACACUGAAUUGUGCUUAUUCAAAUGACAAGAACAUGUUGGCUACUAAAAAUAUUCGGUCUGAUAAUCAAAUGCCUUAUGCAUUGAGUGUUUGUCACAUUUAAAGAUAUGAAGUGCAAAAUAAAGUCAAAGAAUAAAAAAAGGCAUGGACAGACUGUAUGUCAGCCAAGAUAACUUGUCAUUUCACCAUCUGAAAGAGUUGGUUUUCACAGCAUGGACGGCAAAUACACAAAGGAAAAGCAUGCUAAAUGAUAUACCUUAUUUAAUUAAAUUUGUCAUUUUUGUCUUUGCUUUUUCUUUUUCUUUUCGAGAUUGGGUGGGGGUAGAGUUGAGUUGUGCAUAAAGAGUAGUUCCGUUUGUAAAGCACUUUCACAUUAAUGUCACAAUAUAAAGAUGUUAAGUGGGAUGGAGUGAUUUGCUUAUCGCAGUAUGUUUAUUAGUUGUGAGGGUGUUUGACAUCACCAAUACUGAAACAGUUAAUCCUUGUUACUCUACAGGUAUACAGCUACUGCAAUAAAUGUUUUAAUUAUGUGUAUGCUUUUUUGCGUACAAGAUGGCUACGUCAGAAAGUCUGUGUCCUUUUUUUGAAUAAAUGCCCCUGUGAACGUUUAAUUUAAAUUCAAAGCACUGUUUAGAUAUCGCAUGGGUUUGCAGCUAAUUAGAGUGAUUUUCUUUCUCUCCAAAAAUGGAAAAUAAUUAUCUGUUUUUACACUACUUAACACAUAUUUUGGUCGAAGCAUUUACUUGUGAACAAAGCAGAACCAGAUUUGUUAAAGCAUCCUCCAAGAGAGUGUGUCCUGAUGAACAGUUUCUCUUGCAACUGUUCUAUUUUGCAUUUUCUGUCCUUAGAGAAAAUAAAAGCUUCUUAAAAAUA